AUGGAGGCUAAGAAGCGUGACAUAUAUGACAACGAGAACGACCGUGGUCAUGGCACGAUUGAUGAUUUAAUAAGCGAACAGUAUAGACAUGCCAGAAUAGCAAAAGAAGCAAUAAUCGAAGAGGAAGAUACCGAGCCACCUUCACCUAAAGGUGGAGGCAGAACUAGAAAAGGUUGUAAGCCCACAGCUUCAUCGAGCAGAGGCGGUACGAAAGAACACUUCAUGAAAUGCAUAAGAGAUAUGCAGAAAGAGAUACGUCUAAUUCCUGAGAAAUGUGCUGAGAUAUUGCUCGAGAAGCUAAGUAAGAAGGGUUUGCUGGUGAAGCGAAGUGGGGACUUCCGUGAUGAGCGCGCUUUUGAGGACGAAAGUGAUGAGUUGGUGAGAAAGUACAAGCCAAAGUAUCAUACGGAAGUUACUUCAUCUCCUCUGGAAGAACGCGCGGAGGAGAAGAUGGAUGCAUCCUUCACGGGUCCAAAUGGUACGAACUUUCCCAAUGACGAAGGCAUGCAAUCCGGUACACCCGGUAAAGGUGUUGAAAACGACCCCUUUAUUAUUGAGGAUAAUGGUUCACCCAAGGAAGCAUCACCAUCAUUAGGCACGAAUGAUUUUCCUUCUCUUACUAGAAACCCACAGAAAGAAAAUGCAGUAUCAGUCGGGUCUAGUGCUGAAAAUUCAGCGGAAGGUCUGUUUCGUAUACGUGAUGUUCUCCUUAGUACGGACUUUAUGGAUGAGAAUCACAUAGAGGGCGCGAGGGUUUAUAUCGACACGCUAGCAGACUCGCCGAAGCAUUUAAAACAGACUGUGGUCCACAUGACGGGAAUAGGUGGGGAAACGUGUACGGCGGAAAUGCUUCAAGCUAUCACUUCGGGCGACUGGUUGAAUGGCGCUGUCAUCAAUUGUUAUUCGAACCACUUGCUGACUACUACUCCUAUGGCUGAUCGGCAUGUUCUAACAUCAUGGGUGUCAUACUGCCUUAUACAGCGCGCUAAAGGAAAGCUGAAAAACUCGAACAUGAACUACAUGGAAUUUUUCACGAAAGAAUCAAAAACUGUGUCAAGAGUAAUUGACGAGUACUUCGCAAAAGAUAAGGCAUUUUUCCCUCUGAAUGUGAACAAGAAUCAUUGGAUAACCAUUGUCAUGCACAAUAAGAAGAAAGAGUUUCAAGUUCUAAAUUCUACUGGUAAAAUAAGCAAGGCAGUUCAUGCGAAGAUUGCUUCGAUGAGGGCAGAAAUUGCUGUAUAUACAAAUCAGGUAAACUCUGCUAUAGGUACACAUCAUCCAGAUGUGUCUAAAUGGCCAAUAAAGGAGUACGACAUGCCGAGACAAAAAGACGGAGUGUCUUGCCGACUUUUCGUGAUGAAGUGCAUCGAACUCUGGGACGGGGAUGCCUUCAGACAUGACUUUGACCAGGACGAGAUCAAUUCUUCAAGGGGACGCAUUCUCGCGGAAAUACUUUUUUCAGAGAGCAACACACUGACUAAGGUGAAGGAGAAGAUUCUGAAAAUUAUGGAGAAGGAAUAA